GAGUGUACUUUAAAUAGACACUCCACUUAGAUACCUCCACUCUGCUUCUCUACUCCUGCAACUGUGGAGGGGAAAGGAAUACAGCCACAAUGUCGGACCAGAUGCCUUUUGACAUCGAUGUCGAAACAAUGACUCGAUUUGUCAUGGAACAGGGAAGGAAAGCAAAAGGGACGGGGGAAUUCACGCAGCUUCUGAAUUCACUGCUGACGGCAAUCAAGGCCAUCUCCUGCGCCGUGAGGAAGGCUGGCCUUGCUCACUUGUAUGGAAUUGCAGGGACUGUGAAUGUGACUGGAGAUGAAGUCAAGAAACUGGAUGUCUUGUCCAAUGAUCUGAUCAUAAAUAUGCUAAAGUCAUCCUACAGUACAUGUAUUCUAGUGUCAGAGGAGAACAAAGAUGCAAUAAUCGUGGAUCCUGAGAAGAGGGGUAAAUAUCUAGUGUGCUUUGACCCAUUGGAUGGUUCUUCAAACAUUGAUUGCCUGUCAGCUAUUGGAACCAUUUUUGGUAUCUACAAGAAGGAUUACACGGAGUCGCUGACUGAGGGUGAUGCCCUUGAACCUGGACGAAACAUGGUGGCUGCUGGAUAUGCCCUCUAUGGCAGCGCUACCCUAAUAGCGCUAUCCACAGGACAGGGUGUCAACUUCUUCAUGUUAGACCCAUCUAUAGGCGAAUUUAUUCUUGUGGAGCAGGACGUAAAGAUAAAGAAGAAAGGAACUAUAUAUAGUCUGAAUGAGGGCUACGCCAAAUACUUCGACCCUGCACUCGCGGAAUACAUCCAGCAGAAAAAAUUUCCCGAGGAUGGCAGUGCUCCAUACAGUGCAAGAUAUAUUGGGUCAAUGGUGGCAGAUGUCCAUCGUACCUUGAAGUAUGGGGGAAUCUUCAUGUAUCCCGCCAAUAAGAAAACUCCAAAAGGAAAGCUUCGUCUGCUGUAUGAAUGCAACCCCAUGGCCUUUAUCAUGGAGCAGGCUGGUGGUGUAGCCACAACAGGAACCCAGCUAAUACUUGAUGUGAAGCCAGAGUCUAUUCAUCAACGAGUUCCACUCAUUAUGGGAUCACCUGAUGAUGUUGAGGAAUACCUUUCCUUUGUAAAAAAGCAUCAAACCACUGGAUGAACUUCAAAUUAGCUACAUGAUUAUAAAACUGAUAUCAGGGGCUGGUGUAUGCUAUUUAAAUAAAGAGGAUCGUAUUUGGGACAAAAGUGUAAAAUGUCACCAUAUGAAAUUUAUAUGUUAAGAACAAACAAGUGCUUCUUACAUAAUAUUUACUACCUGUUAUCAGAUUCGGAAUGUCACUUUCUUACAUCUGUCCUGAAAGGAAUAAAUACUCUGAAUCUAGAACAAUAAAAAAUGAGAUAACAGUCAGAUGCUAACUUUCAAACUUAUGUCAGUCAUAUAGAAACGUAGAGCACAGGAGGAGAUUGUGCCAUUCGUGAUAAGAUGAUAAAAAAAACAACA